AUGUCCAGUGCAUCUUCGAAUUCGGGAAUCUUUCUUCACGUGUGGCCAGGUCAAUGGGACCUGCCCUCGUUUGACCCCCUCUGUCUCGCAUCUGUCCUAUACCUUCAGUUCGCAAUUCCCGGCAAAUUCAAAGUCGUCGAAACCUCCAACCCAGACGCGUCGCCUGCUGGACAGCUCCCAUAUCUCGUGCAUGAGAAGCAUGUCGUCGCGUCGUUUCCCUCGAUCGUGAAAUACGUGUCAGAGCUGCAAGCCACGGACCCUUCUGUAUACCCGAACUCGAACCUUGAUGCCCGUCUCUCAAGUACAGACAGGGCGAAGUCGACUGCAUGGAAUGCGCAUGCGGAAUCCCACUUGGGAGAUUUAGUGUAUCACACACUGUUCUCUGUGGAUGAAAAUUGGUCAACCUUCGUAGGGCCUAUGCUUGCGGGCCUUUACCCUGUUCCCCAAAAAUAUUUUGUCCCGCGACGGAUACGAGAGUCAUACAUGCCGAAGCUGCAAGCGGCGGGUUUGUGGAGUGCCGUAGUGCAGGAAAAGCCUCGAGAGAAGCCUUUCCAGAGAGACGUAAAGCCUUUACCCAAGGAGGGGCUGAAGACAAAUGCAAAUGUCGCGCAAACCUUUGAACGAGAAAAGGCCAACCAAAAAGCGCGCACAGAGUUUGAGUUGUACGAAGAGCUCCUGCGUGGAAGGGAUUUCGUCUUUCACGAUAGCUUCUCUUCCGUUGAUUCAGCGAUCGCGGCCCAUACUAUUCUCCUGCUUCGGCCACCACAUCCUGAUUCCCUUUUCAAGGACCUCAUCCUCAAAUCAUAUCCCUGUAUCUCCUUGCACGCAGAGAGGAUACACACGCUCGCUUUAGGUCCACAUGCGUCGCGCAUUCCAACAACUCCAUUGUCAACGUCCUCGCUCUGGUCUUUGGUGUCCUCAUCAUGGCCCCCGAAGCCAUUGAAGGCAGGACCGCCAACAUCAGGUCUCGAAAGUGAACAGUCCAAUCGUAUAGCCUGGGGCUUAUUUGGCAUUGCUGUCGGGUCGCUUGCUACGUAUAUUGCGGUUGUUGGAGGCCAGUCGAAAGCUGUUGGGGAAGAUGAGGGGCAGAUAUCUCAGAAAUACGAGUCUUAG